AUGCAACAAGCCGCCGAUGACUACUAUGAAUCGAUAGAAGUACACAUUCGUUGGCCAGAAGGGCAUGAUCUUGUCUUGAGUAUGUCUCCAAAGGAAACCGUCAGCACUUUAAAGCAAAAGAUUCAGUCAUCAACACCACACGCUAGCGGCAAGAAUAUCCGUCUCAUUCGAAAUGGUCGAAUACUGAAUGACAGAGACACGUUGGCUGACUACGGCAUUGGCAAGCUUGAUCGAGAUCCCAACUCCAAAGCCAAGGUACCUCCACCUUCUCCUGUUUACAUACAUUGUUCGCUAUCCGAUUAUAUCCCCAACAAGCAUCAUCAUAACAAUGAGCCGCAAUUACGGAUACCCACGGGAUUUGAUCGGUUGCGAGAAGCAGGGUUCUCUGAGGAAGAUAUUCAAGGCAUACGUUCAAGGUUUCAUCGUAUUCAUGGGACUGUAGCUGAUGAGAAUUCCGAGGAUGCACGUAACCUUGAGGAACAAUGGAUUGAUAACAGCAAUGAGACAUUGGCGGAUGGCAGUGUUCAAGGCACAUACAAAGAAAUGGUUUGGGGCUUGAUUCUUGGAUUCUUCCUUGGCGUCAUUUGUCUCUUCUGGUUCAGGGAAUCAGUGUUUACUCGUAGACACCAAAUGGGUAUCGUUGCUGGCAUGUUAAUCAACAUCUCUUUUGGUAUCCUCCAUGUUUAUUAUUAG